AUAGCAUAGAGUUACUUUUACACAUGAUGUAAAAGAUUCAAGGCAACAAUUACACAAUUAAAUGUUUUGAAAACAAGAUUUUUUGGUGGCUAAAGCUAGUUUGCUAUCUUACUAACAAGCUCCGAAAACCAAAGCCUCGGUAAAUCUGAGUUUUUUCCACUUUGUUGGCUAGCUCAGCUUGCUCGUUGCUGGUUUUCUUGCUAAAUAAUGUAAUUAGACUCAGUGAUUUCAAAAUGGAUAAUCUGCAUGUCGUCGGUAAACCAUCCCAUGUUGUAGCUAUCCUGUCGAGCUCGUUCCGUUUCACGUUGCUUUCUUUGGAAGAGACUCAUAUGAUCACACUCUGACAAACCAUCAACACACGGUUGUCACGAUGCCUCCAAAACUUGAUUGGGGUGAAGUGAUGGGAGCCGACCCAGACAAACUGCCGGACAAAGAAGUAGAGAUUUUCUACAACAUGCUCUCAGAGGUGAAAGAGUGGGAGCUGAUAGGAUGCACCCCAGACAAAAUGGUUCAGCUAUUUCGAGUGUCCCAGACUGUAAUGAAGAUGAAGGGUCAGGAAGCUACUGUAGCCUAUGAACUCAUUGAUAACGCUGGCUCAGACCAAGCAAUAGUUGAAAAUGAAUUAAGGGCCCGGGCAUUCAAGUUGGAACAAGAGCUAGAGAUGGCCCAGCGCUCAUCAGUGGGACGAGACACCCGCUUCUUACGGGAUGAGAUUCGCCAACUGGAGACUCAGUUGGAGCAAAGGGAGAAGGAAUACAGCCAGUUGGAGAAGGAAAUGAGCAAGGAGAAAAAAAACAACGAGGAAUUGAUAUUUCGGGCAGAGGAGGCCGAGGAGGAGAGCAGGAAACUGAAACGAGAGAUAAAACAGCUUAAGAAAAAGAACGAGCAACUUCAGCAGGAUGCAGACUUCUACCGCCGGGAGCUGGACCAGACGGAGCCAGUCCAGUCCAGAAAGGAAGGCAGUGAGACCCAGCGGAGGCUCAACUCAGCCAAUCGACAGCUCUAUCAGUGUAUGGAGGACAUCCAGCGGGCAGAAGACGAAAUAGUGCACCUGAAAACACAGAAUGAACAGAUGCAGAAGAGUCUUGAGGAGUCUGUAAAGGAGAUGGAAAAGAUGACAGACGAGUAUAACAAGAUGAAGAUUGUAGUGCAACAAACCGACUCCAUCAUGGACCAGCUCAGGAGAGAGAGGGAUAGUGCCAAGCUGCAGGUCAGAGAGCUGAGUGAGCAGAUCCAGAGCCGGGCCGAGGAGGACGACCCGGUUAUGGCAGCAGUCAAUGCAAAGGUGGAAGAAUGGAAGAGAGUGCUGGUAGGAAAGGAUGAGGAGAUCCUGGAGUACCAGCAGAUGAUCCACGAGCUGAGGGAUAAGCUACGCAGUGCCCAAAUGGACACAGACAAAAGCAAUGUCAUUGCCCUGCAGCAGGUCAUAUACGAGCUAUGCAGUGCAGUGCAAGAGAGGGAUAAUCAAAUCAAGAUGCUGACGGAACAAGUGGAGCAGUAUACGGGAGAGAUGGAGAAGAAUGCGUUGCUCAUAGAGGAACUGAAAAAGCCCACAGCAAAGGGCAGAGGCCUGUCCUCGACCCCCCAGCAGAGGAAGAUUGAGGAGCUGAACUCAAAGCUGCAGGCUGCAGAAACAAGAGCCCGGGAUUCAGAGCGUGUGGCAGAGUUAGCUGAGGCUGACGCAAGAGACAAAGACAAAGAUCUCAGUGAAACACUCAAUCGCAUGAGGACAUACGAGUCUGGAACCGAUGGCCUGGAGGCUGCAAUUGCUGAGAUCAAGGAGUGUAAAAACCAGAUAAGAUUGCGAGACCAUGAGACGGAAGCCAUGACCAAAGAGAUCAACCAGCUAGAGAUGCGAAUCAAUAACCUACUGGAUGAGAAUGAGGAUCUUAGGGAAAGACUCGGUCUAGAUCCGAAAGAGGAAAUAGAUUUGUCAGAAUUCCGAAGAACCAAAGAUCAUAGACAACGGCAGUACAAAGCAGAAAAUCUGGUCCUCACAAAAGAGAUUGAACGCCUGGAAGAGGAAAGACUUGAAUUGAAAAUACAAAUUCGACGCAUGGUGAAGGACAGGGGGAUAACACUGACCAGUUCAAUGCUAGAAGAUGAUAUCAUUACCAGCAAACACAUCCAGAUGACAACCAAGCAGACCUCCACUUUUGCAGAUGAGGAGAUAAAACGCAAGUAUGAUCAUCUGCUGAAGGACCUCAACACCAAGGAGAGAGAACUAGAGAUCCAGAAAACUCAGUCAUCUGAGUUAAAAGCCAAAUUGGAAGACUUAUCAAAGGACAAGAAGCAGUUUGAAGAAGGAAUGACAGAGAUCCUUCAAGCCCUAAAGGAUGCUCAACAGAGUGCCCCCGCUGGAACAACUGUUACUAUUCCCAGUCUAGAGAGGCUGGUCGAUGCAAUAGAGAUUAAGAACUUCACGUUGGCGGGAAAGUUUGACGCCAACCUGCACCUAAAGGCCCAAGUAAACCAGCUGAUUGGCAGAAAUGACGAGCUCAGACAGGAAAUGAGGUUGGCCCGGGACGAGGCCGCCAGCACCUUGAGUCAGCUUGUCAGAGCAAGAGAAAAUGUUGUCCAUUUACAGUGCGAGGUGGAGGCACUGAGGAAGUCUGGAGGCACUGGGACCAUCUUUAGGACCCUGAAUCUCCCCGAGGACAUGGCUCCAUCCAGCACUGAGGCCAUCAGUUCCCUGAAUGAGUAUGCUGUCAGACUGCUACAGGAGAUCAAAAUCAAGGAGGAGUCCAAUAAGAAGCUUGUGUUGGCCUUGGAGGAGUACCAGAGGAAGUUUUCUGUAAUACGCCACCAGCAGGGGCUCCUCUACAAAGAUCACCAGAGUGAGAAAGAGUGCUGGCAAAAGGAAAGGGAGGUGUUUACAGAACUAAAGAACAAGCUGGAAGAACAAAAGGAGGUGGACACAAUCAAAGUCAAAGAGUUCAAUCAUUGGCUGGACGCCCUGCAGAAGGACCCGGAGGAGGUCCGCAGGCAUGCGGCCGAGGCAGCCCGGAAGCUGACAGUGCUGCGGGUGAACGAGACGUGUCUGACGCGCUGCUACACCACCCUGCUGGAGCAGGAGCACCACCUCCGCAAGGAGAACGCCAAACUCAGGGCGGACUUCACCGCCAUGCAGGCCGCGGUCACCCAGCAGAUGGGCUACUUGCAGAGAUACAAGGAAAUGGCUGCAUACAAGAUGGCAGCGCUGCAGAGGGCCUUGGAUGAAAGCGUUCCUUCUUCAGAGCUAGAGAGGGCUAACAGGCAGUACACAGAGCUGACGGUGAAAUACAGGGACAUGCUUCAGAGGGACAAUCACCUCGUCCAGAGGACCACCAGCCUUGAACAUCUCAACAACGAGAACGAGUGUCUACACGAGCAAAUCUCCGGUCUCAACAAGGAGCUGGCGAUAACCAAAGAGAAACUUCAUACGUUAGAGCAAGCUUGGGAGCACAUCAACACAGUUGGUGGGGAGAGCGGCAUGGACAAAGCGGCCAAGGCGGUGGCCAACAGUGAGAUCGUGUCUGCCUCUAGAAGGAUCACCACGCUGGAGAUGAAGGAGCUGAACGAGAGGCAGCGCGCCGAGCACGCCCUCCAGAUGUACGAGCACCUGAGGAAGUCCCUCAGGCAGGUGGAGGAGCGCAACGCGGAGCUGGAGACCAAGUUUGCAGAGCUGACCAAGCAGAACCUGGAGGCCCAGAAGGUGGAGUGGGAGCUGAGGGACGAGCUGACCAACAGCGUGAGCAAGGCAGCGAGCGAUGCAGACCGCGCCAGGAUCAGCGAGCUGGAGGAAAGCGAGGCCCAGCUCCGGAUCGAAGCCUCUAAGUUGCGGGAGGUAUCGGACGUGGCUAAAAUGCAGGUGGCGGCUUUCGAGGCACGGCAGCAGUCCAGAGAGAAGGAAGUGGAAGCCCUACGGAGACAAGUUCUAGACUAUCAGUCCCAGUCAGAUGAGAGAGCCCUCAUUGCCAAACUACACCAACACAUUGUUGCGUUGCAACUCAGCGAGUCAGCCGCCGUGGGGAAACUGGAGGUCGCCACCACCCGCAUCCAACAACUGGAGGCCUACAAGCUCCGCGCGGAGCAGAAGCUGGAUGCCGGCGAGAGAUCCCUGUACCACGCUCGCCAGGCAGGACAAAAUCGUGUCCGGUAUCUACGCCAAAUCAUUCAGUCUUUGCGCAGGCAGUUUGCCGGAGCCCUGCCCUUAGCCCACCAGGAGAAGUUUUCUCAGACCAUGAUGAACCUUCAGGACGAUCAAGAGAAGGUGCAGAAAGAGAAAAAGUUGGCGGUCGAUGAGAGGAGAAAGGCUGAGGGAAAGGUGCAGGAAUCGGAGGUCAAGCUGAGAGGACUGGAGGAGCUUAUAUCUACACUGAAGGACGUGAAGGGUGCUCAGAAGGUGAAUGAGUGGCACAAGAAGAUGGAGGAAGUUCGUCUGCAGGAGUUGAGGCGGGGCAGGGAGCUGGGCGUCCAGAAGGAGGAGCUCAGACACCUGAAGAACCUGGUGGCCGAGCAGGAGCGCACUAUCCAGACCUUGGAGGAGGACAUAGUCCAACAAAACACUAUCCAGGAGGAGCGGCAGCUGUCCUGGGACCAGCGAGAGGUGGAGUUGGAGCGCCAGCUGGACCUCUACGAGAAGCAGCAGAAUGAAAUCCUUUGCACUGCCCGAAAGCUUGAGGAGACCACAGGUGCCCUGCUAGACCCAAGUCUUCCACUGGCCCACCAGUUGGAUUUUGCGCUGGGUAAAAUCAAAGAGCAAGUCCGCACCAUCCUGGAGACACAAGCCACCUGCAAAACUCUGGACGAGAAGCUGAAAGAAAAAGAGGCAGCCCUUUGGAAGGCGGAGCAGAAUGUCCUGUCUCGGGACAAGGUCAUCAACGAGCUGCGACUCCGCCUCCCUGCCUCUGCGGACCGAGAGAGGCUCCUGGCCGACCUCUCUAAGCACCAGGAGGACCAGUCAGAAAGCCAACCUGCCCUUAAAGUGGCCCACCAGACCAUCAACAAUCUGCAGGGUCGUCUGGAUCAGAAAGAGGAGGUUCUCAAGAAGUAUCAGAACUUGCUGGCAAGGGCUAGACAGGAACAAGAGGACAUGACCAAAAAACACAAGGAGGAGGUGAGGAUUCUGAAUCAGAAGCUGGACUUACACACGGACACUUCCCUGGACCGCUUCAAACAGACUGCGUUGGAACUGAUGAAGAAGCCCAGCAUCGCCGUGCCGACCACCAAGCACCUGGUGCGGCUGGCUGAGAUGGAGCAGACCGUGGUGGAGCAGGACAGCUCUCUCUCCACCCUCGACAACCGGCUCAAGGCCGUCAGCAGCGAACUGGAGCGCCAAAGGGCUGCCGCCAUCAUGCAGGCCAAGGAGCACGCUAUCGAGAGGUCAAAGUUGGAGGAGCACCAUGCGUCCCAGGUGAAGGCUCUGUCUGGGGAGGUGGAGGAGCAGCACGCCCACAUGGCGCAGAUGGAGAAGGAGCUGCACUACCUCCGCUCCGAGCUGGAGGCCCAGAAGGAGGCUAACAUCCGCUCGCCCAGCAACACCAUGAAGAGCCUGGUGGAGCGGCUGAAGGCCCAGCUCCACCAGAAAGAGAAACAGCUGAAGGCUCUCAGCAGAGCAUUGUUGGAGCUGAGGGCAGAGAUGACCUCCCACGCUGAACAGCAGAUUAUAUCUAAUGCAGCCCACAAGGAGGAGAGCCAUAACAUCCAGAGUCUGGUGGACAGGCAAACAAAAGACCUUAAGGCCGUAGUACUGGAGCUGAAGGAGGACCUCCAGGGAGCCAGAGAGUCCCUGAAGGCGGCUAAGGGGCGAGAGAACACCCUCAGUGAGAAGCUGGAGGGUCUGAGGAGAGACCUGCAGAAGAGCCAGCGAGCGGAGAGCUGUCUUCAGGGAGAGAAGGAGGAGCGCGACCAGGAGAUCCAGGUGCUGAGGCAGCGAGUCAAGAGGCUCAACAGCGGCCUGCAGAAUCAGUCAGAGGCUGAUUUGAAGGGGCCCACAGUGGAGGCACUGCAGAAGAAAAUUCGAAAAUUGGAGGCAGAGCUGGAGAAGAGAGGUGUUCCAGACCCUACAAAGAGGAAGAACUUAAACGAUGACAAGUCAUCGAAAGAAGAAAUGGCGCGCUGGGAGGAGGGCAAGAAGUGGCAAGCUAAGAUGGAGAAAAUGAAGGGCAUGCUGAAGGAGAAGGAAAGAGAAACAGAGACUCUCACUAAACAACUCAGCACCCUCAAAGAGCUUUAUGGCAGACUGGACCAGGAGAAGGCUUCUCUGCUGAGGAAGCUAAAAGGGCGCGUUGCCGUGACAGCCGAUCAGGUGGUCGGCGCACGCCACCUGGAGACUGAGAACGAGGUGGAGGAGCUGAGGAGGAGGAACGCAGGGCUGGAGCAAGAUCUCCUCAGCGUGAGACAGAAGCAGGCCUUACCUCGAGACACUGCCAUGGAGGAAAUGAACCGGAGGAACCGCCAGCUGGAGGAGAGGCUUCACUCACUGGAGGGCAAGAUGUCCGUGGAGCCCCCCUCGAGACCCUCUACAAAGGGUUUGGCGUCCCCGUCUCUGAGAGAGUUGCAUUGUCUUACAUUCGAUGUCAGGGUUGGGCCUGGGGUAGAGGACGAAACCAUGGAGGGUGUCCGUCUCACUUCGGCUCAGACUGAGGUGGCUGACGGUCCGUCUGACAAGCCAACAACCAGCCCAAACCAGACAGAAAGGCGGACCGACCUUGCAGGCAUGUGGGAUGUGAGCGAGGCUGAGCCUCAGAAACCAAAUGGAGCAGAACACAGAAAGCGUGACGGAACGGCUCCAACAAGCGGCGAGAAAGAUGGAGACACAAGAACGUACAGUGUCGGGGAGGACGCACGGCAGGUGGACGACGCACGGCAGGUGGACGACACAAGUGGCGAAGAGUCCCAGGACACCAAAGCCGACAUUGCUGCCGACAAAGCGGAUACGACCGCAGGAGAGGGUUUCAAUCCUGCGACAGACCUCCUAGGAGGCUCAGAGCGAAGCAGGAGUGAAUCCCAGAAGGGCGACGCUGAACCCCACAUGUCCCAGAGCCCGAACGAAGGGGAGCCAGACACAGCUGGGCUAUCAGAAAGAUCCGAAUCAUCCAAAUCCUUUCCUGGAGAAGGCAGUGAAACCAGGACAGAGGACAGGACGGACAGAGAGGAAGAGGGCGGUGAUGAAGAGGAAGUUGGUGAAACUGCUGAGGACACCUCCAUGGUGGAAGGCGAAGUCGAGGACAGCACAUCCACAGGACCACAGGGGGCAACUGGGAAACCCGAGGAGUCCUCUGUAACCGACGCAGACACAGACCCCAGCAUCGUCCUUAGUGAAGAUCUCGACAUUUUAGAGUCCGAGCUAGAAAGUAUCUGCAGUCACCCGGGCUUGGAAUCUGUUGUCGCCAAAAGAGAGCGAAAGGGCACAUCCAAAUGUAAACUUAAAUCCGCCAAGACGUCUGGACGAGGCACCAGCACCCCUGCUCAGAAGGAACACGAGCUGCAGAGGGAGAACCUGAAGCUCUCCUCAGAAAACCUGGAACUCCGCUUUCAGCUGGAACAGGCCAACAAGGAUCUUCCCAGGCUAAAGGAUCAGGUUGCAGACCUUAAAGAGCUGUGUAAUGCCCUGAAGAACGACAAGGCUGAAGUGGAGAGAAAGCUAAGCCACAUUCGUGGAGCGGGUCGCAGCGGUAAGACUGUGCCAGAACUGGAGAAAACCAUUGGACUGAUGAAGAGGGUGGUGGAAAGGGUGCAGAGGGAAAAUGAGGCUCUCAAGAAAAGUCCUGCAACUCUGACACAGGAGCAGUUCACCACUCUGAAGCAAGCACAUGAUAAACUCAAGAUUGAUUAUGGGCAUCUCAAGGAACAAACCGCAGCACAACUAAGCUCCAGACAAGAGUCCAAAGCCAAAGAAAUUGAGAAAAUUGUGAUGGAAAAUGAACGUUUACGAAAGGAAAUUAAAAGGGAGACAGAGGCUGUGGAGAAGCUUAGAGUGGCCAAGACUAGCUUGGAGGUAACUAAUGACAAGCUGGAGACUGAGCUUGAUGAAAUGAAGCAAAGACUACUGGCAGCACAGUCCAGAACCAUCCCCGAGGGAGCCGACAGUAAGACCUGGAAGGCAACUGUGAUAUCUAGACUGUUUGAGAAUAAGAUGAAGGAGUUGGAGAAGGACAACGCUCAGAAGACGUCCAGUCUGUCAGAGCUCAGGCAGCAGCUGCGUCAGGCCAGCGCCACGGAGGAGCGAGCGCAGCAUGCGCUCAGACAGCUGGAAGACCAGGUGGAGGUGUUGAAGAACUUUCCCACUGGAGAGCAGACGGAUCUCUCGAAGGACCUUCAGUCAGCUAUAUUGACCAAUAGAAAGCUGGAAAGGGAAAAGGCAGAUUUGGUUAAGAGGCUCCAUGAGUUAAGUGAGCGGCAUGGGACCACUUCUGGUGACUCUGCUAGACCAGGUUACGAAGAGCUGCAAAAUCUACUCAAGGCAACUGACCUAGAGAAAAGACAGUUAAAGGCUCAAGUAAAAAAACUGAAGACAGAACUGGAAAACUUUGAUCCAACAUUUUUCGAGGAAAUUGAAGACCUGAAGUUUAACUACAAUUUAGAGGUGAAGAAAAAUAUUGUUUUGGAAGAACAGCUAAAGAAGGUUUGUGAGCAGGUUGGUGUGGUGGCAGAUAUCCCUGCUAAUGUGUCCAUCAGCUAACCCAGGAUGAAUGUGCCUUUUAAAGCAGACUUUUAUAUGUCUAUGGUUUUGCACGAUAUCAGAAGACCCCUACAGUAGGUGACAUUUAGAUCUUGAAUGUAAUUGUGUUUUCUGUAGGACUUUUUAUUUAUAAAUGUUUUUCUGAUAAUAAUGGAGCUGUAUGAAAGAGCUGCGUAAAAUAGUGUACUUGUGCCAAUCACAUUCUUGACACAAUCAACAUUAAAGUUAUCUAGCUCUGCUUUAAUUCAAACAAAUGUAAACAAUCUUUGCAUUUUUGUAGUAGAAAAGUUCCAGUAGAAAGUUAUUCAACAUCUCUCCCUGGGAAGCCCACCCAUUCAAAUGCCUAUUUGUGAGAGGAAGGCCUAUUAUUAUUUGCAGGUCACAACAUGGCUAAUAAAUAGCGAUGAAGAAUCUUCAUAGUUAUAUUCCUUUUGCUCAGCAUUCAAAAAAACAUUUGUAUUCAUACAUUUUGUUUGAGGAGGACUGUUACAGUCACAUCUACUCAUUGUAUAUGCCAUAUCCAAACCCCUUUAAAUGUUCUAAUUAGAAAUAAUUGCAGCUUUCUUCUCCAUCAGAGAUACACAAUGCGCUUAUCUGGGCUGGAAAGCUCAAUACUGGUCCUCUAGAUGGCGCUGUAAUCCAAAUCAAUCUGUUAUGGCCUCUGUUGCCAGUGAAUAGACAUCAGUGCAUGUACAACAGCCAUGUAAGACAACUGGUAGACUUUUGAAGUAUGUUAUCCCCUCUAAUUGUGUGCUUAUGUUGACUGCUGAUGAUGACAGUAGUAUUGUAAGUUGCUGCCAGUUGGUUCCGGAGAUGGUUUACAUUCUUUCAUUUGAUAGUUUUUUCCAUAAUUGUGUGUGACCUGGAAGCUUAAAAUAAAAUGUCUAUAAUAUUUACA